AUGGCACUGACCUCGUGGAAGACCUUCGACUUUUUCGACGUCUCGCAGGUGGAAUUCGUCGACAGCGAAGGCAGCUCCGUCUUCACCAACGAUGUAAGCUGCGUCUGCACCGGGUCAGAUAACCUCUUCGUCGGCACUACCAACGGCACCGUUCACAUCCUCUCCCGGCAAUACAAAGUCGUCCGCUCAUUUCGGGCAUACGAUGGCACCUCGGUCACGCAUAUGAGACAGGUCCCUUCGACUUCUUACCUGGUCACAAUCAGCGAGGAUCUGUCCAACGAGCCCGUCCUGAAGGUAUGGGCACUUAACGAGACCGAGAAGAAGACCGGGGGACCCCGUUGUCGGUCCACGAAAUCAGUUCAAAACAAGCUAAGACAGUUCCCGAUAUCUGCAUUGGCAGUCCUUGAUGAUCUCUGGCAAGUUGCUGUCGGCUUUGCCAAUGGCUCCGUCACUCUGAUCAGAGGCGACCUCAUACACGACCGCGGAGCCGAACAACGCAUAGUAUUCGAAUCAGAAGAACCCAUCACGGGGCUCGAAAUACAGCGAUCCGGUCCCGCGACUCUAUUCAUUGCUACCACAAGCCGUAUACUCUCACUAGUCAUCGGGGGAAAGGGGGAUGGAAAGCCCGCGCGUGCCCUCGAAGACCUGGGAUGUGGAGUUGGUUGCAUGACUUUCGACCAGGAUACCGGUGACAUUCUCGUGGCUAGGGAGGACGCAAUAUAUACAUAUGGUCGUAGGGGACGGGGGCCGAGCUUUGCUUUUGAUAGCCCCAAAACCUCGGUCAACGUUUUCAAAGACUAUAUCGCCUUGGUUUGCCCGCCUAGAGCUGCCCUAUCAAGGACAGAACCCGUCAGCAUUUUUGGAACCAGCCAAGUUGAUGACAUCUUCAAUACUUCCACCUUCACUCUCCUAGAGUCGGAUCUGAGAUUUAUCGCACAUUCCGAGUCUCUUUCUAAUAGUGUGAAAUUCAUCUUUAUGGAAUGGGGUGAUUUGUUUAUUGUCACUGUUGACGGCAAGGUACGGUUAUAUACUCCUCGCCAAAUUGAAGUUUUGAUCUAA